AGACGAAGGCUCCGGGCUCCGGGCUUCGGGGAGAACGGAAAGCCGAAGGCGGCGAGGGAGCAGAGGAGGAGCAGGAGUCGCGACGGUGGGACGUCGUCGUUGUAGGCGCGUGGCCGUACGUUUCUGCGUGGCCUGUUGCGAGCACCCGGCUCUCGUUUGGCGAGGAAGGCGACGCACAAGGGCGGAGGAAGAGGCUCGUGAGCGCGAAGUUGAAAAAUCGUGCUCUCGGCGAGCUCCCUCGCCGCCGCUCCGCGUUGGCGCGAAGUGACGCGAUUAAAUGAGACGGGGCAGUACUUCGGCAAGUACCACGUUUUGUGCGCGAACAUGUCUUCUACGGAGACCUCCCUGAGCGACGUGCCGAACGUCGCGUCGAGGCUGCAGAGCCUGCGUCUGACGACGCAGGGCUACCGGGAGGCUGCGGCUGGCAGCGAGGACGCCGACGUGACGGAUAACGCAGCCGCUGCUGCCUCGGCGGCGACGACGACGACGGCGACGACCACGGCCACAGCGACGACUACGGCGGCGACGACGACGGCGGCGGCAGGCUCGGCCAGCCGCGACGGAGUCGGCGACGGGAGCGGACCGUCGUCGCGGGAACCCUCGCGGAACAUGCAGACCAUCGGCAACGUCACCCUCUCCCGAACACGGCGCGCGCUCAACUUCAUCUGCGACUGCGAAGACCAGCCGACGAGCUCGUCCGCUGCGCGAAGCGAGACUUCGCUCGCCAACGCUGAUAACCGGCCGCCGACCAACGCGGCGAACGCGUCGUAUCUGGAGGGACGCUCGCAGAACAACGUCGCCUUGGAGAACUCCUCCACGCAUAAUCAGCAGUGCAGCGCGACGCAUAACCGUGCGGUCAAGUACAACUGGCAGGGUACAAAGGCGACGAUGCGCGAGAGGAUCGUGUUUCUGUUCAAUAACGAGAUACUGUCGGAUGUGACCUUCCUGGUGGGGAGGAGGGAGCAGCAACGCAUACCGGCGCACAAACUAGUCCUGUCCUCUGGGAGCGCCGUGUUCGACGCGAUGUUCAAUGGCAUGUUCGCGACAGCUUCUUCGGAGAUAGAAGUACCUGAUGUAGAACCCGCUGCAUUUCUGGCAGUGCUCCUUUUUCUAUACACUGAUGAGAUACAGAUAGACCCUGAGACUGUGAUGACAACGCUGUACACCGCCAAGAAGUACGCGGUGUCCGCUUUGGAGAAGCAUUGCGUUGACUUUUUGAAGAAUAAUUUAACCAGUGAUAACGCUUUCCUGCUGUUGACGCAGGCACGCCUGUUCGAUGAGCCGCAAUUAGCCUCCGUGUGUUUGGAUACUAUAGAUCGAUUCACGACCGAGGCUCUCAAUGCGGACGGCUUCACCGAUAUUGAUAUCGACACGCUGAUGGUGGUCUUGGAAAGAGAUACUCUACGCGUCAGGGAAUCGAAGCUGUUUCAAGCUGUUCUAAGGUGGUCCGAGGCCGAAUGUGUGAGACAGCAGUUACCAGUCACUCCGGAAAAUCAACGCCAAGUUUUGGGCAACGCCCUGUCCUUGGUUCGCUUCCCGCUUAUGUCGAAGGAAGAAUUCACGGCUGGUCCAGCGCAAUCUGGCUUGUUGAAUUAUUCAGAGGUCCUAUCUUUAUUUUCGUACUUCAUACUGAAUCCCAAGCCUUUGGUGGACUUUCAAACGAUGCCGCGAUGCUGCAUGACGGGCAAGGAACACACCGUGUGCAGGUUUCAGCAUACCGAGAGCAAGUGGGGAUACAGCGGAACCAGCGAUCGUAUCCGAUUCAGCGUGGACAGACGAAUCUUCCUGAUCGGCUACGGGGUCUACGGUAGCAUGCAGAAGCCGGCGACGUACGAGGCGUCGGUGGAAUUGAUUCACACGGCGUCGGGAAAAGUGAUAGCUACUAAUGCAACAAGUCUCAGCUGUGAUGGUUCAAAGUACACGUACUGUCUAAUGUUCAAAGAAUUAGCGGAGAUCUUACCAAAUACGGUUUAUACCGCGUCAACUACGUUCAAGGGGCCAUUUUCAUAUUAUGGCACAAAGGGCUUACGCACGGUGAUGGUGGAUUGUGAUUCCGGCAACGGCAAGGUCAAGUUCGAAUUUAGCAACGAGACUGGAGAUAAUAAUGGCACAUCCAUUGACGUAGGUCAAAUACCCGAGCUUAUCUUUUACACAUAAUGUAUAGUAACAACAUUCCUCAUACGUACUUGCUUGGCUGGCUAUCACAAAGAUCAAAUCAAUUGUGUUAGACUAUGAAAAGUAUAUGCCAGGUUUUCGUCAAUUAUAUACACAUGUGUAUCUUGUGAUCGUUUCGAGCAGCAUUUUGAUUUAAGUAAUCUGUGGACAUGCCAAAGGAGUUAACCCAAGAUUUUCCUCAUAAUUUUAUAUAGAUAGUGCCUCUUCGAUUUGAUUAGAAUUUUAUUGAUCGGAAAAUCCACGGCAUUGGAAAGUGCGUAAAUCGCAAAGGUUUGCAAUAUAUCAAUCGAUGCGAAUGACACGUGUUGUAAUUUCUCAACAAAUAUUACGGACAACAGUUAUUCGCCUCUCUCUCUCUCUCUCUCUCUCUCUCUCUCUCUCUCUCUCUCUCUC